AUGGCCAGCGUAAGGAAGAAGCGGCAACGGAACACAGUCACAGUGACAGUGACGGGGGAACCCAUUCCUCUCAAAGCAAACACAAAUGCUGAUGAGGAACACGCCGAGAACGGUGAUGGAGGUUCCGAGACGGUGAAAUUUGCUGAAAAUGUUGGGUUAUCGAACGGUGAAGGUUCGGGUAAAGUAAAAGACGAUGAUGGAGCAGGGGGUUCUUCUUGUGUUCAAGUUGUGACGGGAAAGAAGCGCGGCAGAAAGAGUAAUGUGGGAAAUGAUAGUGUUUUGAAGAAGAGACCCGGUAGAAAAAGAAAGAUCGUCAAUAAAGAUGGAUCUAAGAGAGGUUCUGAUGAACUGGUUAGUGGGAAUAAGAGAGGUUUAGGGCGUAGGUUCAAGGCAGAGAAUGAAGUUUUGGUGGCUCAGGGUCAUGGUGAACCUGAAGUGCCUAUUUAUUCUUCAGGAUAUGCUUUUAGGGACCGUAAAAACAACGAACACGAGAAGCCCAAAGUCAUCAAGAAAUCUGUUAGAGACAAACGGUGGAUUGAAGAGGAGUCCUUAAUGUGCCAUCAAUGUCAGAGAAAUGAUAAAGGCAGGGUUGUGAGGUGCAAAAGUUGUAAGAGGAAAAGAUUUUGCAUACCCUGUUUAAAUAAUUGGUAUCCUCAACUGAAAGAGGAUGAUAUUGCUGAGGAAUGUCCUGUCUGCCGUGGUAAUUGCAAUUGCAAAACGUGCUUGCGAUCUGGUGAACUUAUUGAAGAAAUGAAAAAAGAAACGGAAACCAAAACAGAUGAAAAGGUGGAGCUCCUUAAGUAUUUGCUGAAAGGACUUCUUCCAUAUCUAAGACAGUUGGAUGAAGAACAAAUGAUUGAGAAGGAGAUAGAAGCUAAGAGACAAGGGCUCUCACUCUCAGAGCUAAAUAUAGAAAAGGCAGAUUACUCCAAGGAUGAGCGUGUAUACUGUGACAAUUGCAAAACAUCAAUAUUUGAUUACCACAGAAGCUGUACAAGAUGCUCUUUUGAUCUUUGUCUCAUCUGUUGCCGUGAACUUAGAAGUGGGCAGCUUCUAGGCGGUGCAGAGCCAAUUGAUUUGGAGUUUGUAUUCCGAGGUCGUGGUUAUUUGCAUGCAGAGGAAGAAAAUAAGAAGGUACAAAGAAAUGCAUUACAAGCUAAUGUUAAGCCUGAGAAUCGUACGUGGUCAAGGUCUGAAUGGCAUGCAGAAAGUGAUGGUAGCAUUCUUUGUCCAAAAGUUAACGAUGCAUGCGUCCACAGUUUUCUUGAACUGAGAAGCAUAUUUCAUCCAAAUUUUAUCUCAGACUUAGUAUGUAAAGCAGGAGAAUUAGCAAAAGCAUAUAAGCUUCAAGAAGCAAUUGAGACUCCUCCCAAGUGGUGUUCAUGUUUGAAGCUUGGUAGAGACACAGAUGUUAGAUAUAAUUAUAUGAGGAAGGCAGCGUCGCGUGAAGAUUCCAGUGACAACUGUUUAUACUGUCCUAGGGCUGUAGAUCUACAGCAUGGGGAUUCAAGGCAUUUUCAAUGGCAUUGGUACAGAGGGGAGCCUGUCAUUGUUAGCAAUGUACUUGAAUGUACGUCUGGUUUGAGCUGGGAACCACUUGUCAUGUGGCGUGCAUUCCGUGAGAGAAGCACCAAGCAGGAUCAACUUUUCGAUGUGAAGGCAAUUGAUUGCUUAGAUUGGUGUGAGGGAGAGAUUAAUAUACAUCAAUUCUUUACUGGGUAUACAAGUGGUCGUAAGGAUUGGCUUAAUUGGCCUCAGAUAUUGAAAUUAAAAGAUUGGCCUCCUUCUAAUUUUUUUGAGAAAUGUUUACCUCGUCAUUGUGCUGAGUUCCUAUCUUCCUUGCCCUAUAAAGAAUAUACGGAUCCUCUUAGAGGUGUUCUUAACCUCGCAGUGAAGUUGCCAAAAGGAUGUCUAAAGCCUGACAUGGGGCCAAAGACAUAUAUUGCUUAUGGAUUUGCUCAGGAGCUUGGGCGUGGUGAUUCUGUUACUAAGCUCCACUGUGAUAUGUCUGAUGCAGUAAAUGUGUUGACUCACAUAGCUGAAGUGAAAUUGGAUUCUGAGCAACUUACUACCAUUGAGAAUUUGACACAAAAGCAUCUUGAGCAAGACAAGAGGGAACUACUUGGUGAUGGGAAAGUGGUUGAUCAAUUUCAUCAACACUCUGAUUGGAAUGAGCAAGAAAACGGUAUAUUGGUUGCGGGGGAUGCUUCAGAAGGUGCUCUCUGGGAUAUUUUUCGUAGACAGGAUGUACCUAAAUUGCAGGAAUAUCUGAUGAAGCAUUUCAGAGAGUUCAGGCAUGUCCAUUGCAGUCCUCUAAAACGGGUUAUUCACCCCAUCCAUGAUCAGACUUUCUAUCUGACUGUGGAGCAUAAGAGGAAGCUUAAGGAGGAAUAUGGAAUUGAGCCCUGGACUUUUAUUCAGAAGCUAGGAGAUGCUGUUUUUAUUCCAGCAGGUUGUCCUCACCAAGUCAGAAAUCUGAAGUCAUGCAUUAAAGUUGCGCUUGAUUUUGUCUCUCCUGAAAAUGUUGGUGAGUGCUUCCGUUUGACAGAGGAAUUCCGCAUGCUUCCAAUAAAUCACUGGUCCACUGAGGACAAACUGGAGGUGAAGAAAAUGACGAUACAUGCUCUGAUUGAUGUGGUGGGACAAUUGGAGCAAGCAAGGUUUGGGGAAACCAAGGUUCCACUAUGAAUAUAUCUGUAACAGAUUAAAGCCAAUUGGAAGUGUAAAUUUUUUGAGUCAUUAGCUUGAUCAGGUGUGAUGAUUUUGGGUUCUACAUAUCCUUACCGU